AUGAAAACCACAGGCACUCGACUCCCAGAGAAGGGUGCUACCACUGGCAGCAUCAUCGGCGCAAUCAUCGGAGUGAUCAUUUUAUUGGCCAUCAUCGGAACAGCCAUCGCCAUGUACCGCAAGCACCGUGGCAAAAUCAACGGCGAUGGUCCCCCCAAGUACAAGCCCCCCCCACCCAACAAGAACAACAGCACUGCUAACAGGGAAAUGACCAUCAUCAGACAGGAGCCGCCGGCUGAGACGAGACCUCUUCAGAAUGACUUCACCAGGAUUCAGAACACUGAGCCUGUUACGGACCUUGACGCGCAUUACGAUGACGAAGACGUGGAUGAAAGUCGCGAGCACUACUACUCCGCGGCCCCCUCCGGCUGGGACGACCCGGGAAACGCUGAGGUGCCCCCCCCUUACAAGCAGACAGGCGGGGAGGAGGACUACAGACCCAACGUGAACCGUGCAGAGAGCUUUAUAUCCCCCGCCAUGUUUGUGUGA